AUGCAACAAAAUAUUGUUUCGGAUUAUACACCGAUAUCUUUUAAAAAAAAGGUGACGAUAGCCUGUUGCUGUCAAGUGCUAAGUCGUACCAAAAUGUCUCUGGUAAGACGUGGCAAGCAUUCCUAUCUGACCCACAACCGACAAAAAAAGAAAAAGAGUGCUAUCAAAAAACGGCCUGCAUGGGAUGAUUCCCUGACAGACUUAACAUCAUAUCGAGCAAAUGCUGACGAUUUGGAAUAUCGCAAAGCAGUUCACCAAUCCAAACAUUUGCCCAGCAUAAAAUUCCAGAGAGAGAAAAAAGCUGCCCAAAAAGAUGAAAUUUUAUCAACGCUUGGAAAACUGAACCCUAAACAGCUGGCCAUCAUGAAAGAAAUUCUGUAUAAUCAGGAUGAACUGCAGACUGUUUUAAAUUAUUCUGACAGAUUGAUGGACAACGUGAAAGAUGUGUGUGGUGACAACCCAAAAAGAUACCACGCAUUCCCUUCAGUGACUUCAGCACCAGGAUCAGAUGCAGAUGCUUUCUUUAAAAACAAUUUACCUUCAGAAUUACCUGAAUAUCAAUCUCGUCUGGAUUUGUUAAGCAACAAAGUCAUGAGUUCUGUCGCAUUAAAUGACGAACAAGAAGACCCAGGUAAGUCAGUUCAUAUUUAA